AUGGAUGACGCCUCCUUUAGCACUAGUCUGGCGCUUGGAGGCGAGAGUUCGAAUUCGAGGCGCGUUCCACAUGCGAAGGGACCCCUGACACCCUUAGCACUCUCGACUUUGACCUCCACUUGCCCAAAAUCAACACAAAAUGAGGCACCGGAGAUUCGUCAAUUAGAGGAGCACGAAAUUAGCCAAGGACCGUUGUCGGUGUUGCAGCAGUCGGUACGCAACCACACCCAGGUUUUGAUUUCUCUUCGAAACAACAAGAAACUUCUUGCUCGAGUAAAAGCAUUUGAUAGGCACAGUAAUAUGGUUCUAGAAAAUGUUAAAGAGAUGUGGACUGAGACUCAAAAGGGUAAGAAUGGAAAAACGGUCAACAAAGACCGGUUCAUUAGCAAGAUGUUCCUUCGUGGAGAUUCGGUCAUUCUUAUUUUGAGGAACACUGCCUGA